AGCCUGGCCCAACAGCCUUGCCUUGCGGUGGGGCUCGAGGGGGGGGUGGGGGGGCGGCCCCACCGCCCGCCGCGGCGCGAUGUCUGGCCAGCGGCUGCCCGAGAGGGCGAUGCGGGAGGUGCUGUCCACCGGCUGCUCCAAGCGCGCCAGCCACCGCCAGCUCCCGAGGUUCCAGCAGUUCGAGAUCCCCCACAAGUUCCCGAGGUUCCCGCAGGUCUUCGGGGACCGCAUUGUUCGGCGCGUACGUAAGAAAGAGACCGGCAACGAGGAGGACCAUCCGUGCUCAAAGCACUUCGACUCGUUUCUCGUCUGCGCGCGGCGGUACCCACAGAACUACGACAAGAAGUGCCGAACAGAGGCCGGCAAGUACCUGGCGUGCCUGGAGGAGAACCAGAAGUGGAAGGCGUCCGAGCCCUACCAGUACAUGCGCUUCCUGGAGCACUUCCGGGUCUUCUCCGAGGGCUCCGGCAGCUGGGACGAGGGGCCAGGGAAGUUCCGCUACGAGGAGCAGACUCCCAAGACGCACGGGGCCGGCAGCGUGCUGCAGUUCGGCAGGAGCGACGCGGCGGCUGCGGCGAACGCAGAGGCGGCGAUGGCGCGCCACGAGCACCAACGGCAGGACCAGCCACCCGUAUGACGUGAGGUCCACGGGCAGCAGGAAUACGCACGGUGUUGUGCAACCAUGCGCGAGAUGCUGCAGGGGCUUUGACCGAGCGAUGAAAAGAUCUCAGAGUUCGAGGCGACGAGGGAUUGACGCCAACCCCGUGAGCGGCGACGCAGAAGCAGAUCGUGGUCGCGGCGUUGUCUGUGGAGGCCCCGCGCAGGCGGGCGGACGUGAGAGUGGGCCCCCGGUCGCCCAGGGUCUGGGCACUCGCGGGGCCCGGGCCACCGAGAUCCGGCACACGGGCCGGAUGAUCAUCUCAGAACCACUUGUUGCUGCCCCCGGGCCCAAAAACGGCCCUAGGAGUCCC